AUGGCUCAAUUUGUGCAGGUAGUAUACCUGUCAGGCCACCUUCACCUUCCAGAGACGCUCUCUUCUUUAGCUGUUGCUAGUGCAUCGGUCCGCAAUUUGCACCUGGCUUGGAAAUGGUGA